ACUGUAGAUGUGCUAAAGGAGUUCAGGGUCCAGUUCAAGUUUGGUGUCUUUACUAAAUGGGAUGAAGUCACUGAAAAUAUGCGUGAGACGACGCGGCAACAUGCAAGAAAAUGUUACAAAGAGGUAUUCGAACGGUCGUUGGGAGGCAUGCAAGAAGUUUAUUUCGUUGAAGUAGAGAAUACCACACUAGCCUCGGUAAGUUUUGAAUCUAUGUAUUCUAGCAGUCUAAUUGGAGCAACCUGAAAUCGGAAAACGAGGCAAAUCGAGAUGCUGGAGUAUUCUGUAGGUGACAGACGCUUACAAGUUAUAAAAUCAAUUUGAAGAAGGAAAUGGCCCAUGAGAGGCGGAGGGAUUCCGCGUAGACAACAAAUGUCAACGAUUACAUCAACUAGUAUAUAAAAAUGUGUUUUUAACAUAACUUAAACACAACGGGCGUUGUGAUUGGUCAGAGUAUAUUUGUAUAUUUAUAGUAGAUGUAUUUACACCCGUUUUCAGAAGCGUUGCAUGCUGAAAUAUAUACUAAAUUUAUAUAAUUUUCUUUUUUCUCAUCAAAAAUUCUCUUUUUGAUAAGAAAAGAAAAGGUAUAUAGUGCCUGAUUACAACCCUGCCCCCCCCCAGACAUUCAGUUGGUUAUCAAAAAGGACCUACACAUGAUAAGUUCGUCGUCAGAGCUAUUAGGAAAUCUUCGACCAAAAAUGAAUCUUUCCUGUAUAUCAGGAGACCAAAAACCUCAAAUGGGGAAAAUGUAUCACUUUGUCAUGAAUGGCAAGGUGUUUUGUCUUAAAUUAAUUAGCCAUACUAUAGCAAAUGCGGCUCUUGGAUCUAAACUCCCGCCUUUGGUAGAGGCCAAGAGGCUAAAGCGUAAACAAUUGGGCAAUCCAAUAUAUCUUCCUAGCUAGAAGCAAUCGAUCAAUAUUUAGGAGGGUGUCAUUGGGGUGAUGGCCAUUACGGCUAACAGUUACGAAUUGGCCAUUUUACGACUAACGGUCAUAUCAUUACAUUUUUAUCAACAUAAUUUUUUUACGCUUAACCUUUUUACCUCUAUCACCUAAAAUUUGUAGAUUUCUACACCCAACGGCUAUUUUUUUGUCGUUUUACGGCUAUCGGUUAACUCCAUUGAUACCCUCUUUCAGUGACGAUGAAGCUGAUUUGGGAAAUGCCAUGUUCAACUAUUUCCUUGUUAUCGAUGACAUGCGGCUACGAAAACGGACUUUAAACUCCGUUCCCGUAGAACCCACGUAUCGUAACUGGUUGAUGGCACGAGGCCACGAAAAUAACAAACUUAGACGAGCAUGUUUAUCUAUCAUUGAACUUAUCUAUACGGCCUGUACCAAAGCUCUGAAAACUUCUCGCAUAAAUCGUAUAUCUGAGAGCAUUUAAAAAAACCCUCCUAAUUUAUUCCUUUUCCGGAUCGAACCUACUUGCACCGAAAAAAUUUGAGGGUACCUAAAUGUCUUUGAGGUUUUUGGUUCUGCCAUAUGCAGUGAAGAUCGACGUUGGUGAAAAAAUUUCCUAAGAAAAAAAAAACAGCUUAAUGAAUAUGCAUUAUCCUUUUUACGGUAACUGCAACAUUUUUGUAUAAUUGUCUUUGUAGGGGGAGACAGAGAGAAAUGCUGGAAUAGGGGAGUUUCUGAGGUUUGAGAGAGAUCUAGCUGAGAGAGCAAAAUCUGUUAAAGUAAGAAAAGGCAUUUUCGUCACGAAGUACGCUAAAGAUGUCGCUUCAGAAUUCGCUGAACGCCUCGCAAAAUUUAAACGCACCAUUGAUGAUAGCGAAAGAAUCCAAGGAAACCGUUUAACACGUUUAAAGAAUAAAAUCAGCACUAUGGAAAAAGAUCGCGAUAGCCUUGAUAUAGUGCACCAGGAAAUGAAACGUCUCGAUACAAUGAUACUUGACCUUCUCUCUAGCGAAAAGAUUGAUCUGUUGAUAAAAGAACUCGGCAACAAGAUCAAAGAUUGUAACAGCGAGGAAAGUGAGGAUCUGGCUGUUAGUGCAUUUUUUAAAAGUGAGAUCUAUGUAAUCAAUGAAACUUUACAGAAACAAAUUCUAAAGGUAAAGGCCGAGUUUCAGAAGUGGAAAUAUGCUAAGCAAGGUAACUAUGGAUUUUCAACAAAUACGUUACCAUCCUAUGAAGCCAAACAGUUUAAAGAACCAGAAGAUUAUGGCUACGACAAUAGUAGAGAUCCUCACGCCUUCUUUACGGGCAACAACCUAUGGGCGGUCCUGUUUGGAUGGGCAGCUGCUGGUAGGUGAUACAUAGAGACAUGGUACGUGCGUAGAUAUGGAAUUUCUCUUCGAGUGUUUAACUCAAUAACUCACGAGUGAGCGCAGCGAACGACUGAGAUGUCGAGUUGAACACGGGAAGAGAAAUUCCAUAAGAUGUCGAGUUGAACACGAGAAGAGAGAUUCCAUAUCUACAAGCAGCCAUGUGUUAUUUUGUUUAUCAUAUAUACACAACAGCCCUUUCCUGAGAAGAAAAUCCGACUUCAUUAAUGAAUGAAAAAAUGAAUCGACAAUCCCUAAAUAACAGGGAUCGUAGAGUGUGUUGACGCGAACUCUUGAGAUGGAAAAAUGCUUUGAGUCAUGAUUACAAAAACAACAAUGGUCGUAAUUUCAGUUUACAAAAUUCUCAUGACUUAUUGACUUUGUCCUUACCGACAGAAGAAGUCUUUCAGGUAAACGGCCAAAAUCGGCCAGUGGCAAAUCUUCCAGUUUUCGAUUUUCAUUCUCAGCUAAGAAAAAUGCCAACACCAAAGCCACUGAAUACUUAACUUUCGCUUUUUCUUUAGGUAUUUUGGUGUUCUUCCCCUUCUAUAAAAGUUUGCACUCACUGUCUGUCAGCAAUACGGAUUUUUUCGUGUUUUAGCCGCCAUAAUUCGAGAAAGUUCCGACAAAUUGCUUGUAUUGAGAAUCGUGAAGGCUUUGCCGUUCAUUCAUCAACAUAAACCAGAGGUGCCAAAGGCUGAUUGGAUUGAAAGCAGCUGAUUGGCCAUUUCAACACACGCGGAAAGACACGAUUUUUUUUUCACGUGUGUUGGUGCGGCUUUUCUCGGGGCCGGAAAUCCCUGUAUGACACCGCAGUUUAUGUGAUAAUACAAUUGCAAGUUACUGUGCCUAGGUAUCCCGGGGGAUGGUGGCAUCUCCUUAAAUGCAAUACAGGUAAUCAUUCCUUUCUUCAGACAUUUGCACGGAAGGGACUCUUCCCUAUUUAAAAAAUUACUAAAAGUAGUGCUACCAGAGCAAUAGAACCAACAAAGCAAUAACUGUACUGCUACUUUAACUACUAUAUAAAAAAAGUUCGGAUAUGACGCGCGCUGUUAUAGGUCGAAAGAUUGUGUGCCAUCGGAGCUCAAAACACGGAGCUGAGCUAAAGCUGUCACGCCACCUGUCAAUUUGUACUAUGUCCGAUCAUUUCUCGGACCUCUCUCAAGCUUUUUUUCGUUCAUUGAAAGUGAAAUUUAGAACAAGUGAGCCAGCAAGUGGCAACAGAAGAACCAAAAGAAGGUAUGUAAACAUGCCAAGCGCCGUAAUUGACGUGAUUAUAACGUCACCAGAAACGAAAAUUCUCAAAGGGAUAACGAAAUGGACUGUCCGAGUUUUGGAGGUUUUCACGCGCAGUUAGAUUGUAAGCUUACAUACGGCUACAAACCUCAAACACAACUAACACUCGUAUAGUAUGUAAAAUUUCGUGUUCAAAAACAAAACAGGAAUGAUGAAAAAAUAUACCCAAACGGACCUAACUGUUAAACUUCAUACAAAUUAUGACGGCGUCAGAGUGACUACGAUCAUGCUGAGAUCCAUCGCGGCUAGUUAGCUCAUCACGGCGAUUUACGGUCAUCGGUUACAUCUUCUACUCUUUAAGUGAACUAAGAACUUGCUCUGAUAUCCCUUCUGAUGCGUUGAGUAGAAGGCCACAUCUCUAACUGCAGCCGAGUCUUACGGCAAUUCUAUUGCUCCAGUGAAUUCAGCUCUCUUUUAUUAAUAGAACAUGUGCCUUGAGCAGUUCGUUUCUUAAUUGUCGUGGGAAAAAAACUUGCGUGUUUUUUUGAGCCAGAAUUCGACCGAAUUUAACUGAAUAUUUCCCCUACAGAUUCAGUAUUAAGAUUAAAAAAAAAACGGGCAAAAGGGUUAAAUUCGACUUGCCAAACUAUUGCAGAUUGUGAACUUUGAUGGUCUAAUAUUUUUGACGACUUUCGUCCUUUCCAACAAAUCGUGUUCUUUGAACCAUUCUAACAUGGAUCCUGAUUGGCUUCUUGUAAUGUGUUUUAUGGGAGUAUAGAGCAUGCUGACGACACUCUUGUUCGCUCCAAAUUUUAAAAUCUGUUUUGAAAAUCGUAAUUGCAGUUAGGGCAAUUAAGAGGCAGGUAGCGUUUCCCCCUACACUUCUUUCGUGCUCUGACCCCUUCCUGCACACUUUACAACAGAACAGAGCACAGUCAAGUUAAUAGCUAUAUACCACACAAGUGAGAAGUGCUUUUCGCACGCGAUGAUUUGCUAGUUUGAAAAUGAAUAGUAAGUACUUUUCACCUCCGAGCAGCCGAUGAGACAAAAUCGCGCGUCGUAAGUUAAUUUCCUACGAUUGUUCGUUAUAAAGAAGGAAAUAAACUAACCAUUUGGUAUCUGUGUGGUAUAAAUUAAAGAGGUAUUCACCUCAGUGUUGGAGAAAGUGUUGGAUAUUUAUCUCGCGCUUAGCGGCUUGGUAAGUAUCCACCACUAUUCACCUCAAUUUUGGUUAAUAAUUUCUAAACUACCAGUACUACUUCUACUACUACUACGACGACUACUACUACUACUACUACUACGACUACUACGACAACUACUACUACUACUAUUACGACUACUACUACUACUAUGACGACUACUACUACUACUUCUACAUCUACUACUACUACCACUACUACAACUAGCACUACCACAACCACUACUACCACAAACACUACCGCAACAAAAAUUAUCUCCACAAGUACAAUAAUCGCAACUACCACUACCAAACCAUCACAACCACCACAACCAAAGCCACUGCAACACCACCAUCUACCCAGUACUACCACUUCCACUGCCACCACAACACUACCCAUACCACUAUUACCGCUUCCACCACCACUUCCAACACCACGACUACCACUAACAGUACAACCAGCCUCAUAACAACAACCAGCACAACCAUAACCACCACUACUUCAACCACCAUCACAACCUCACCACCACCACCGUAACAACCAACAUCACCACCACUAUCAAAACUAUCACCACCACUACCAGCACCACAACCGCAACCAACACUACCAGAACCACCACAAUCACCACUACUACAACAACCACAAACAUAACUAUUGCUUUACAACCACCAAUACCACCAUAACCACAUCCAUAACCAUUACUAUAACAACCACCACACCCAUCACUACCACCAUUAUCACGACAACCUCAACCCCCCCUACGAGAACCGCCUAAAGAACCAUCGCUACAAUCAUGACCACCACUACCACAAGCAACACCAAAACCACCAUCACCACCACCAUAACCAUGAUAUCCACCAUCAGCACCAUGCCAACCACUAUAACUAUCGCCACCACCGCUAUAACCAUCGCUACCACUACAAGAGCCACCAGCUUCACCUCCACCAAUACCAGGACCACCACCGCUACCAACACUAUCACUACCAGCACUUCCACCACCACCACUUUACAAAAACCAGCACCACAAUCAGAACCACCGGCAACACUACUACCACAACAACCACUACUAUCACACCAACCAACGCCGAAACCAGUACCAACACAACUACUACAACUAGUAGCACCACCACCACCACAAUAACCAUCACAACCACAACUACCACUAAUACUACUACUUCUACUAUUACUACCAUUACUACUUGUAAUAAUGAUGAUAAAAAUAAUGAUUAUAAUGACAAUAAUAAUAUAAAAUUAUCGUUAAAAUAUUAUUAUCAUUUUUAUUAAUAUUAUAAUAAUUAUUAUUAUUAUAAAAAAGAUCAAACGAUGUCUAAUGGAGUAAAAUACAUCUUAAAUUUUAGGAUUAAAAGAAACAAUAACAAAAAAAUAACAAUAUCUCAGAAACGUUCCCGAUAAAACAUUGGAUACGAAGGCUAGAAGUUUUAUAUCAGACUGACUUCUGUACUAUUAAAUCUAAAAUCAUUUAGGACUUCCUUUGCGUCGCGAAAUAGCACUCUAGAGCCUCUGACACUCAUAUGCAGAGAUCUCAAAUCUCAAAUGAUAAACGUUUCUUAACCAUGGAUCACUUCUGCACUAGCCUCUCCGUUCCUCUUUUAGAGUUUCUCAUCGGGGUUUCUCAGGGACACUUUACAGUCAGCUCCUGUUGUUAACUUUUGUACAACAUUUUUAUUUAAAAAAAAAGGGAAUUUCUUGCUCUAGUGUUGGGAGGCUUGUGCCUCCCAUAAGGCAUAGUGGGCUCAAAAACACGUGGAAGUCGGAAGUGUCGUUGUUGUAGUUUUUCAUUUUAACCUUACUGCGGAUUCCCUAAAUCUCGUACAUGUUCGAAUCAUAUAACUGAUCUCGAUUGUUUGAAGCUUAGAAAUACAUGUUGAAUCAUCGACUACAGCUCCCUAAAGGACCCCAUCUCCACGUCCAACACACGUUUCUGGUAUUUCCCCUUCUUCUCGUUCUCUGGCCAUUUGAGGAUCUAUGCCGUUGGCUUUUUCUCGUUACUAUUUUAUUUAGCAUGUGUUACACAUGGAUACAUCAGUUGAUGCUGUAACAUUUCCUGUUACUAUACAAUCUACCGGUUUUUUUUUAUCAAUUGACAAGUUUACCAAACUUCGUUCCUUCUCGGGUAAAGUGCUUAUAACAGCUUUAAAGCAGCGACAUUCUUCCUCCCCAAGCUGAGUGGUCAGCUAGCCAUACUUAUUUGACUGCUGGAGUAUGCUUUCUCAAUUUCUGGUUCAUGGUGGAUGUGUUCUUUAAAGAUCAAGGCAUGGCUAACGGAUCACUUCGCAUGUUGUCCUGUGACGGAUGAAUGGGCUAGAAGGGCCACUGUAGGUGUCGAUUAUGUACUUAGACAAUUCUUUAUAGGUUAUCAAAUAUUGUGCAUGGUGAUUCAAUAAUAAUGAUGAUAAUGAAAAUAAAUAAUGAUAAUAAUAAUAACAAUAAUGAUUGUAAAGUUAAUAAUAAUAGCGGCAUUUAUGAUAUGAUAGGAUAAUAAUAAUGUGGAAGAUGAUAAAGACCAGCCUGAAGGAUAAUUAUGACGAUAAUACUAAAGAUGCAAUCAUAUUCCUUGGCCUCUGAACAUGAUCUCGAACAAAACAAGAAUGUUGUCUUAUGAAAAGGCCAUAUGUAUUUUGCUCCUUUUACAAGCCAUGGAGCUUUGGAAAGGUUUAUAUGGGUUAUAAAAAGAACAUGUUUAUCGAUAUAACUUUUAAUUAAGUUAAAUGGAGGAUGUAAGGGGAAAAAACUAAAAUUGAUGAAUUGUCUCAUGAUAGGGCCAAGUGGAAUGAGGAAGGAAAAACUUAAACAGCACGCGCGGACAACGUUGCAGGAAAUGAAAGCACAAUUUGAAAAAUUCAAAGUAUCAGCAUCAGAGAUUAUGAAGCAAAGCUCUGACUCAAUUUCUUCACACAAAAAAUGGCAAGAGAUGGUUCGUUUGAAGAAAUGUCAGCGCUGAAAGAAGAAUUACAACAACUUGAAAUAUGGUCAUCGAAACUUCGUAAAAUCACAGAUCACCUGGAGGUUGUUCAAAAAGAACUCGACGAGCUAAAGCAUAGGUAAGUAUUGCCAUCAAGAAUGUUCCAUUAUGUCAAGCUUUAUCAGAUCUGGAAGUUUAGUUAAAAAUAUAGUCAGGAAUGCCUUGCGUUAAAACGAUCACACUCGCAGUUGUCUCUGUCACAGGUGCCAGAUCGCGAAGCCAAGAUUCCCUGUUUCUUGUGGUUACAAAUUAUGAAAAAGAGAGAAAUUCUGGCAACAACCAGUCGCCAGAUGUUAGAAAAGUUCUGAUAAGUGGUAACAUAAUUACGGUCAGCAGUAAAUUUUUAAUAUUCUCAUGCUUCGUUUCCUUGAGAAGGAGAGGGUAAGCCACAUUGACUUGUAUUCAUAGUCAUUCGAUAGUUCCGUCGGUUAGACGACUCACAACAAAUUUUCUUUCUUUGCGACGUUGAGUGGAAGAGAUUUCAAGUACGCGUUUUACAAAGAGUUCUUUUCAAAACCUAUCGCUUCCAUCUUUGAAUAUCUUGGUUACUUACCAAUUGACAAUCGCACCACUCGAUGUUUUCUUUCCUUAUCUCGCUGAAGACCAAACAUACUUAAAAAAAAAGCACAGGCGAAUGUUAUUCGACCAAAUUUGUCCCAGGGAUAUUUUAGCUUUCAAGUGAAAAAUAAAAUCAUGCAUGCACAUUCUUUGAAAAAACGUGAACUAACGCCGGAACACUGUCUAGUUGUUUUUAAGUUAAUAUCUGGGUGAUCCACUCAGAUCUAAUCUAAGAGAGUCAGAUCUAAGAAAUACGUUACUUUCAAUUGUGUUCUUCAGGUUGAAAAUAAACGACACAGUUCCUUCCAAUGACUAGACAGAAGACCAGUCCUCCGUUCAAACAGCUGUAUACAAGCCUUACAGUGAAAUGUGGGAGUAGUCCGCGUUACUCAACAACACAUCAUUGUAGUAUUACCAUAAACUGACUGGAUUUAAUUCAAAUUAAUUUUCUUGUUAAAAGUCCAUGAAGAAAACAACCAGUAGAGCACUAAUUCUUCUUACCCAACAAAGCCAUUAAGACUUUGUUAUCAUAUUUUUACCUUCGGUGGGCUCAUCACACCUGACGGCUCAUUUUGUUUGGUAUUCAUCACUAGUUUUAGGGAAAUAAGCAGGAGAAGAAUGGCACAUUUUCUGAAGUAACACCUAUACUUGGUCAGCAUAACCGUGUUUUGUAAAUAACCAAUCCAUAUUUUCAAUUUCAAUUGAUUUCUUUGUAGAAUAAUGCUUAGGCCAGCCAGUGACAUAUAAGUAGAUCGUAAUUCCUUCUUAUAACGGGCAGUUGCUUUCAUCAAUUUUGAAUUCGUGGACCCCUUUCGUAUCAUCCCCCACAUAGCGCUGCUGCGAAUUGGAUUUAUAGUUUUAACUCUUAUUAUUCAUGAAAUACGUUAGGCAAAAUUUUAUAUAUUCUCUGGGCGCUUUGCCUUGACAAAACGUCGUUUUUCACAGACACUAACUUCCCUUUCUAUCAUUAGGUCAAGAUAUCGAUAAGGAGGGCGGUCAAGUAGAAAUGGUAGUACAAAUUCGCGAUAAAGCAACGAACGAAUGAACGUUUCGGUUCACAUUUUCAAAGCCCCAUUAAAUGUAAACAAAUCGCCCUAGAGGCGAACUUAGUACUUUAUUUAAAACAAAUACAUAAGGCGUCUGAAAUAUAUAUGAUUAUUAUGCAUUUCCAAGGCCCCAUUAACUGAUAAACAAAUUUUUAGUAACCUGGACCUCUCUGCCCAAAGUAUUUACAUGUUGUAAGUUCGCUGUCUCUGCCUGAUUAUAAUUGGAUACAAUCUUGAAAACUUUUAAAUAUGCCAAGAAAUAUAUAAUUUUUGCUUCCUAUAUCAGUGAUGUAACGUCGGUUUUACGACACACACAUAUACCGGAUAAUUGCUGUACAAACCAUUAGAUCGGUGAUACACACGCCGAAUGAAAACUGAGAUACACACUGAAAGAACAAAUUUGUGAAAAAUAACCACUCUACCUCAAUAAAAAAUACCAGA